UUCUAAUGGCAACACGUGCUUCUCUUCUUGUUGUGCUGCACGAGCACAGAGAGGUUGAGACGAUGAGGGGAACACACAACACAAACUGACACGCAAUCUAGUUAGCGCUUUUUUAAAGUCCGCUGAAGCAACAAAGCAUUGCAGAGUCGCUGCAGAUAAAUAACACGAGCGGCGAGACCAAGCUUGAAAAGAGUUGUAUAAAAAAUGCUGUAAGAUAAACCCGCACUUCCUUGUCGUUGACUUCGUAGUUCUCUGUCCUGAGUAACUAAGAGGUGCUGAACGUAUCCAGCAUGCAGACAGCGCGUGUGAGCGUUCAGGGGAGGGCGAAGAAAGUGGUGCUGAGCCAAUGGAGAUACUCAUGCGAGGAGCAUCUGUCCUAAACCCGAACUAACCGCUGGCAUAACGCUACUGUCUCCCGCGCGAGAGGCGCGUCGAGGUGAUAAUCCGGCCGAAGUUUGAAGAAGCUCGCUCUCAUUCGCCGACUUUGGGAGAUUCGCUCGAGCAGGACGAAACGCGAAGGCAAUGCAGACAGAAGCUGAUGUUUAUCCCACGGAUCUACUGGACAGUACAAACCCAUGACGACAUCCCACAAAUCCCGGGAGACUCUUUUUAAAUGUGGAUUAAAGUCUACAGCAAGGAAACUAGAGCUUAAACAGCUGGGAUUUUCCCAUGUUCCUGACAUCAUCUAUAGGAAAUGAGAUCUAGACGUCUAUCUUUUCUCUCCACAUGGACGAAAAGCCAAGGAAAGUGUACUAAAAGCUGACGGACAGGAUUAAUUUUACUUACAAAACUGCCCCUUUAUCUUUAAACCCAAAGAAGAGCCUGAUGGUGUCAUAUGAUAUGGACUAAUUGUACUGAGUAAGAGCGCCCAGCGGCAGCACUUUGGCUCCAGAUGAAACUGAUGUUUUUCUGCAUAAUUUUUAGUCAGUCUGGAGCCGUUAGCCCUUCCGCACUGUGUUUCGUAGCAUGUGGCUUGGGCUCAACAUCCACAGCAUCUUAAUUACACAGCUGAACCGAUUUAGACCACGGAGGAAGCAUCUCUACAUCUGGAGAUACGCUGACAUUUUUUAGGAGGAUGUGCAGACAUCUGAUGUGCUCUUCUGACGUUUUUUCGUACCUAUGAGAUUUCCUAAAAGAAGCCCAAGAGCUCCCACUCUCUUCCGCACCUACGGCAGCCAUGAGGAUCGUACCGACACAUUUGGCAGGACUACAGAACGGCAUUCCACGUGGAUAAAUUAGUUUGUUUCGUGUCGGGGUUACGCAUUCUUGCCAUAUAUUUUUACAACCGCACGGCUCGUGGAAGACGACAGGAAAGACUUAAAAGGGCCUGAUGCACCUUUUAAGAGCAGCAACAAAAAUGAAUAAAUCAUCAAGAGGGAGUGAGGGCUAGUUCUUCACAGACAUUGCUGAAGGAAACGCUCUUCUCCCCUCCACCAGCCUCUCCUGCUCUUUAGCCUGGUGGAUUGUUGAUGCAUUUGCCUUGAGUUUGGCGUUCCUCAGCCCUCCUCCUCCGUGCCUGUGUCAUGCUCUGUUGCCGGCGUGCCAUCCUGGAGCCAUGCCCAUCCCUGAGAUGGCUUUGAGCCCGGUGAAGUCUCUGUACUGGGAGGUGUUCCCCUCCAUGGCCACGCAGCGGGUGUACUGCACGCCUGUGCUCUGGGCCGGACGCCUCUAUGUCCUGGGGGGCUGCAGUGAGAACGGCCUCCCUCUAGACUCGGCCGAGGUGCUGGAUCUGGAGAGUCAGCGCUGGUGCGAGCUGCCCCCUCUCCCCACCGCGCGGGCCGGGGCGUCGUCUGUGGCUGUCGGAGACCAGCUGAUGGUCAUGGGAGGUAUGGACGCACAGCAGAGCCCGCUGGCCUCGGUGGAAGUUUAUCACCCCGAUGAGGGCAAGUGGGAGAGGAAGACGGGACUGGGACAGGCCUCCAUGGGGAUCACCACGCUGGAGAAAGAUGGCAAGGUGUAUGCCCUGGGCGGGAUGGGAGCCGACACGACCCCUCAGGCCUCAGUGAGGCUGUAUGAGCCGACAAAAGACCAGUGGCUGCCCCUCACUUCUAUGCCCACCCCACGCUACGGAGCCUUCUCUUUCCUGCGCGGUAACAAGAUCUAUGUUCUGGGUGGGCGUCAAGGCAAGCUGCCAGUGACCGCAUUCGAGGCCUUCGACCUUGAGAUGAAGAGCUGGACGCGGUACCCGUGCAUCCCCAGCCGCAGAGCGUUCUCCUCGUGCGCUGCCAGCGACAGUGCGUUUUUCAGCCUGGGGGGUCUUCAGCAGCCUGGACCCCACAACUUUUACUCCAGACCUCACUUCGUCUCCACUGUAGAGGAAUUUGAUUGUGAGCAGGGUGUGUGGUUGAAGGCCACGCGGAGCUGUCGCAUGAGAGAGAAGCGGGCGGACUUCGUAGCUGGCUGUCUCGGUGGACGGGUCAUCGCUGCUGGGGGACUCGGUAACCAGCCGUCCCCGCUGGCCUCAGUGGAGAGUUAUAACCAGCUGAAGAGGAGAUGGGAAACCGUGGCCCCGUUACCCAGCCCUCGCUGCUCCUGUGCCUCCAUUCAGACCCCAAACAUGCUGUUUCUCAUCGGAGGGGUGUCCCAAGGUCCCAGCAACGCCGUGGAAGCCCUCUGCUUUAAAGAGACCGUCUGACACACAAACACAUGCUACUGAACAACUACCCAAAUCCUCACAUGCUGUACUUUCCGGAGUGUAAGCUCCGCAAACACACACACACACACACACACACACACAAGUGCAUACUGACGUCAAGCUGACGUGUGUGUGUGUGUCUCUCUGACAAAUAUUCACAGACUUUCCCCUCAGAGGACGCAUCAGCUUUAUACUUUGAAUAGUGGAGACAAUCUACUGGAGCUUGGACAGCGUUCCACACCUCUGGACAGAGAAGUUUUGGACUGGAGAUCUAAGACAAGCAAAAAAUACUUAAAUAUAUCAUUCAUCUAACUAUAUUAUGUAUAGUAAAUAUAUUUAUUAACAUAUAUAUAUAUAUUUAAAUAUAUAAUUCUAAUUAUAUUAAUAUAUAGAGAUAGAUGUGCAGACCUACACGGACAGACACACGCAAGCACUCCAGGCGCCUUUGAACUGUACGACAUUUUUCAGUAUCAAAGCAGGGUAAUUUUCUGGCAAACUAAAGAGGAACUUAGGGCCAUAUCCACCACGCUGCCACAGCACCCGUCUGAGGUAGCAUGUUUAGCACUUUUUGUAUUAUUGACAAACAAAGGAUCUUCUGCACGAGACUACAGAAACGGGAGGCGGAUGCUUGUGUGUUUUUGUACCUUCACAGCCAUGCACGUGUGAAAUUGAGCAUUGUUACGCGUGGAAAGAGCAACUCUUUUAACGGCAAAUCACUGAUGCCUCACUGUAGCAUGAGACGGGGGAGAUGGAGGAGAACAGGGUUCAUCUAGCCGGUUAAUUAAAGGAACGCUCUGGGUUCAAAACUGAUUUAGCUUGAAAGUAUCUCGAUUAGCACAGAUCAUCAUUUUAAAGCGUCCAUAAAAACAAGCAAAGAAUGCAUUAACAGUAAUGCUCUUGCAGUGGGCAGUUAAAGGGCAAGGCAUGCAUUUUUAUUAAAGUGGUAUUAAUAAUUCUUUUUUUACAAAAAUCUGUUAUUUAACAUGUUAUUUAUUAAGAUAUUUUGUGUUUUUUAAAGAAGUCCUUUAAGCUCACCAAGAUUGCAUUUA